UUUCAAUUAAAAAUCGUUGUAAUAAACACUUAUGGAAACCAUCAGUUCUAUUAACACUAUGAGAGAUAGCAUCAGAGACUCAAUGAAGAAGGUCAAGAAAUUAUGAGAAACUAAAACAUGCAGAGUAUACCUCUACAAAGACCUUAAGACUUCCGAACAGGUUGUCAUCAAGAAGAUGAAAGUGGAGAACCCUGGUUGUGUACAGGAGAAAACUGAUAUGAAAAAUGAGUGCAUUCUUCUCUCCAAGUGAAACCAUCCUAAUAUCAUUAAGUAUCAUGGAGCUAAAUUCUUCUCGAAAAAGAAGAAAUCAAGAGGCAAUCGUAGUGACAAUCUCCCAAGAAGAAUUACUGAGGAAUUAUGGAUCAAGAUGGAAUAUGCUCCUGAAGGAAGUCUAGCCAACUUGAUUAAGAAGAAUAAGAACAUUGACGGCGAGCCUAAAUAUCUAAGCGAGAAGAUGAUCUAUAGUAUCUUUUUGCAAAUUUGCAAGGGAAUCAAACAUAUUCAUGACAAGAAGAUCAUUCACAGGGACAUCAAGCCCGAUAAUAUCUUUAUGUUCAAGGAUGGGCUGAUCAAGAUUGGAGAUUUUGGAGUCAGCAAGAUUAUUAAUGAGUCUAUUCAGUUGAAUACUACUCUAGCAGGAUCGCCAUACUAUAUUGCUCCAGAAGUUUUUAUGAGGAAAUACAAUUCCAAAGCUGACAUUUGGUCAAUGGGAGUCACAAUGUAUGAGCUUUGCACUUUUACAGUACCUUUCAAGGGAAGAAAUGCUGAAGGUCUGAAGAAAAAUAUAUUUCAUCAAAAGCAAGUAGAUCCUUUACCUGAUUGUUACUCGGUCGAACUAAAUAAAUUGAUCUUGAUGCUGUUAAAAAGAAAUAUAAUUAAUCGGAUCACGAUUGAUGAAAUUAUUGACAAAAUUGUCGAGUUGGAGCCUUCACUUUCUGAAGAAGUUAAAGAUGAUCUUCAAAAUAAUAAGAGUAAGGUAGACAUUUUUAGUGACUGGGAUAAAAAAGAAGAUAACUAUUUUAACUGCACUGUAAAAACUGACGAUACAGUCCAGCAAAUCCCUGAAAAUAUGAUUUGCGUUGAAGAUGACAUGGAAGAUCGGAAAAAGCAUAGAAUAAACAAAUUUCUAGAAUCACAAAACCAAAACUUAAACUCCUCUGACAGCAAGAUAAACCUAAGCUUCAACUUCCAAAUUUCUCUAAACGAGCUAGCAAACUGAUCUUCAACCCCCUCUCUCCAACUAGUCUGAGAAGUAGACAAAACCGACUUACAGAAUUGCAUCAAAUCUCCCCACCAACCCCACCAAAAGCCCAACUGCAAAGUCCUAGUCAACAGCACCUCCUAACCCCCAUCCCAUUCCUAACAACCCUUCCUCCACCUGCUCUCCAAGAUCUAUUCGUUAACUCAUUUCCUCCUAUUAU